AACUUACUCGAAGCCCCCGGGGAAGAAAAAAAAACCAGAGACGGUUUGGAUGUUGCUCUGUAAAAGAAAUCAGAAGGUUUGACAGAGAGAAUCCAACGUCAAAGACGCCUGAUUUUCAAUGGGAGAAGAAGAGGAAAGAAGCAAUCUUGAGAUUGGAAGCGAUCAAGAUCAAGAAGAAGAAAAAGGAGAGCACCAAGUCCUGAAGUUUCUUGAUUCGGUUGAUAGCUAUCUGACCCUUUUCGAGUCAUUAUCCACAACACUUCGCCAGGGAUAUCUGGAAUUAGCCAGUGCUCGACAAUCCAUGGGCGCUUCACGCAUCAAUAGUGCCUUGUUUGAUCUCAAAUACCACUGUGCUGCUACAUCAUUGCAAGUUAUGCAAGAAGAUGUUAAGGAACCUGAUUUUAAUUUGUGCAAGUGGGUGUCCCCUGAUAAUAACAAAAGCUGUUCUGAGGAAGCAAAAUUUGACCAGGAUGAGUUGUCUGAAAGGAAAUCAAGUAAUUCGCAGCUUCGGUACAGGGGAACAUCCGAAAUUCAGGAGAAAAUACUCGAAAGUAAUGGUUCUACAGCUGCAGUCGAGGACCAAAUUCAACAGGAACGGUCAAAAUCAUUGUCAAUGUUUGGAAAAUUGGUUUCACCAAAGCUUCGAGAUGCCCAACUUUCGUUUGAGACAGCUCUGGAUAUCCUUAUAGAAAUAGCAAACAUGAGAUCAUCACUGCUAUCUGCUUAUGAUCAAGUGCGUAAAGAUAUGGAGAGCACUCAAGGUUGACAGGAAGUUGGUUUCUCCAAGUUAGCUGGUCUUCCGCAUUUCUAAGAAGGUUUAUCACCACUGCACAAGCUCACAAGUCUAAAUAGGAGUGCUUUCAAUUAUCAUUUUGGUGGUGAUGAACAUAAAUAUCAUGGUGGCUUGGGCCAUAGUGGAUUUUCCUUUCCUUUCCUGUGUAGUAUUUUAUGUAAUACAAGUUCUAGUAGCACAACAUACUGGGUUCCUUUCUUUCCAUGUAGUUUGUACAGUCCUAUUAUUUAUUGGUGAUGGUUUGAGGUUGUUGCGUUGUAUUCAUCUUGUUUCUUGCGGAAAUCAAUAGGACCAUUUGUUGGAUAUCGUUAUUUAAUUCAGGUGGUCAAGGCAUACUCUCCGUUGUUCGGUUCACAAUAAAAUAUAGAGUUAAGCGUCCUACACUGGCUAGGAAAAAUUUGUGAAAGUGGUGUUAUAAAGCUUCCUCAAGUGUUGGCACUUAUAAGUGCCCUAGGCUUGUAAGCGAGCGCAUUGGCUUAAGCAAGCAUAUUCAAAUUCGCCGGGGACCUGGUCUAAUGAUUUGCUUGGGCAUUCUGUUAUGCCAUGAGGAUGGUCAUUCUGUACGUACUUUACAUGUUGUGAGUGACCCCGGCCUUCAUUCAUUGCCAUUGGGACUAAAUAUGGUUUUACUUUCAAAGGAGCACAUUUAGGAUUAUGUUUCGGCAUCACUUGGCUUAUG